AUGGGCACCAAUGGCAGACGCAUCGCGCAUCGCUCAUCGCUCAGGCUCGCCUCCGCGUUGUCCAUGCUCCCCCGCGGGCACUAUGCCCGACCGUGGCCCCUCUCCGACAAAGCUAGCAGCAACCUCUGCGGCUGGAGCUCGCUACGGCCUCGGUUAUUUGCGCGGCUGUUGGUGCCGCUGUCGUCACACGUCGCCAACACAUCGUCUACCAUCUCCAGCCACAAUGAGGGCACAUACAGGUAUGCAAGUGUAUACACCCGUGCCCCUUUCCUGAUCCCAAUCCACGCUGAAGCCUCUAGCCGUCGGAGAAGCAAAUCCCUUCCCAUCCAUGGCGGCGGCGACGGAGCAGAUCCCAUCCCCACCCACCUACAGGUUCCGGCCUACGAAGCGCGAGCUGGUCAAGUUCUACCUCCUCCCGCGCGCCCGUGGCCAGGAUCCAUUCCCCGGCGUCAUCUUCGAGGACGACGCGGCGAAAGCACGUUGCCCUGGGACCUCUUCGAGCGCCACGGCGUGGGGAGCGAGGACGAGGCCUAUUUCAUCGUGCGCGCCAGCGAAGCCAAGAAACCCGGCGCCUGCCAGGACCGCGGCUGCGACGGCGGCGUCGGGAUUUGGAAGAUGCAGAGCAGCCUCGAGAAGUGCCUGCGCGUCCGAGGCAAGAGGAUCAGGGUCCACGUCAGCAAUCUCAACCUGCAUAUGGGCAAAGGCAAGGACAGCGGCAGCGUCGGGUGGGUGAUGCACGAGUACACCAUCGCCGCGCCGCCCUGCCCGUCGCCCGUCAAAAUCUGCCACAUUGCCUUCAGCGGCCACGGGCGGAAGCGCAUGCGCGUGCCGGAUGGGCAAGAAGUCUGCCAGAGUAGUGGUCACGCGCGCGUCGGCGCCACCGCGUCAGCUCUUCCUUGUUCUGGGGCAAUGCUCGAUCACUGCUCCUCGGGCGUGGCGUAUGCUUCUGGAGACGAAGAAUCCUCACACCUCGUUCUGACCGAUGACGACAACUUCCGGCAGAGCCCUCUUCUUGAUAGCAGCGACUUGCAGUGCUUCCCGUCCGCAGCGUCAGAGCAGUACCCAGAGUUCCCUCUUCUUGAUAGCAGCGACUUGCAGUGCUUCCCGUCUGCAGCGUCAGAGCAGUACCCAGAGUUCCCUCUUCUUGAUAGCAGCGACUUGCAGUGCUUCCCGUCCGCAGCGUCAGAGCAGUACCCAGAGUUCCCUCUUCUUGAUAGCUGCGACUUGCAGUGCUUCCCGUCCGCAGCGUCAGAGCAGUACCCAGAGUUGGAGGCGCAGGUGACCAUGCCGGUGGUGCGGCAGCUAUCUGCAGGAGAACUGGAGUUCUGGAGCUCGAUAGGGGUUGAUGUGGAGAGCAAUAACAGUUUUGAUCAGGAGCAGUCCACAGAGGUCCAGAGCUGGGUGGCGCCCAACACCGACGCCAUGGCAACAGGGGUCCAGAGCAGCUUGGUGGUGCCCAACAAUGGCGCCAUGGCAACAGGGGUCCAGAGCAGCUAUGUGGUGCCCAGCAUCGGCGCCAUGGCAACAGGGGUCCAGAGCAGCUGGGUGGUGCCCAACAAGGGCGCCAUGGCAACAGGGGUCCAGAGCAGCUGGGUGGUACCCAACACCGGCGCCAUGGCAACAGGAGUCCAGAGCAGUUGGGUGGUACCCAACACUGGCGCCAUGGCAGGAGACCUUGAUGACUUCUGCAGGUCUUUACUGGCUAAAGUGCCGACCAACUGCGCGGUGCCGGACUUUGGCAACAUGGCCACCAGAACGCUGGGCGGUGGCUGCUCAUUGAUCUGUAAGUAG